GUGGGAUCCUGGAUUGAGAGGCUGCUGUGAUCAAGUCCGAGAGUGUAGUAAGUCCACACCUCACAGCCAACCCUCUGAGAGUAUCCAGGUGAGACCAAAGCCACUUAGCAUCAACGCAAGGACAGCUGGGACACGCUCCCUUUCCAGUCAGGGAACACCUCUGUUGUUAAGCGUCUGUGUCCAAGGUUGAGAACACAAAGAACCUCUCCCUAAAAGGUCUCCCAAAGAGGUUCUUCACCUUAAUCUUCCUUCGUCCCUUCCUCCACCCCUAAGGCAGCAACCAUGAAUUGGUCUGCUCUGGAGGCGCUCCUCAGCGGGGUCAACAAGUACUCCACUGUGUUCGGCCGCGUCUGGCUCUCCAUGGUCUUCGUCUUUCGGGUGAUGGUCUUUGUGGUGGCCGCCCAGCGAGUAUGGGGUGACGAGAGCAAGGACUUUGUCUGUAACACGGCCCAGCCGGGAUGCGUAAAUGUGUGCUACGACCACAUCUUCCCCAUCUCCCACAUCCGCUUGUGGGCCCUGCAGCUCAUCUUUGUCACCUGCCCGUCGCUAAUGGUAGUGGGACACGUGAAGUAUCGUGAGAAGAAGGACAUGCAGUACACUGCCUCGCAUAAGGGGGCUCAUCUGUAUGCCAACCCUGGGAAGAAACGUGGCGGGUUGUGGUGGACAUAUCUGGUGAGUCUGAUUUUCAAGGCUGGCUUCGACGCAGGUUUCCUUUACAUCCUAUAUUACGUCUACGAAGGUUACGACAUGCCCCGCCUGUCCAAGUGCUCCCUGGAGCCCUGCCCCAACACGGUGGACUGCUACAUAUCCCGCCCAACAGAGAAGAAGAUCUUCACCCUGUUUAUGGUGGUCUCCUCCGCCUUCUGCAUCUUAAUGUGUAUCUGUGAGAUGAUAUACCUCAUCUGCAAACGCGUCCAGAAACUCAUUCGCAGAAAGACUGAAGCAGAGAGGAGGUUGUUUGCUGAGAAUCACGAGAUGACACCGCUAGCAGCACCCAGGUCAUCGAUCAGACUGGAUCCCACUGCGUCCACCCAAAACCUCAGUAACAUCAAGAAAGAGCAGAAGCCGUCAAGGAAAAAAUAACAUACAGAUUACAUGGCAGCAGCCAUGUUGAAAAACUGAGGAAAGAACACAAGGGACGACUGCAAUCAAAUGCAUUCAUCAUCAGACUGAGUGGCUGCUGAACAGAAAAGAUAUCCAUCAAUCCAGGGAUUUCUGAUAGAGCUCUUUGUAAAUAUUAUCAUGUUAAAUGACUUUCUGCAGAAAUGCACACUGUAUGCAUGCAAACAAACCCCUCAAACAGAGAUUAUAGAGGGAACAUUUGGGUUUAGAGUAUUUUUAGAACUGAUUUGUGCUGUGAGUUUAAGGAAGUGUCUAUGUGUGUCUGUGUUUUUUUUUACAUGUAUUGUUUGCCAGUAGUAUGUUUAAGCUAUCAGGUGCGUUGUAAAUAUAACUGUAGGGACACAAUGUAAAAGGUUCCCAGGUCAAGUUAGUACAGUUGAGAGAGAGUAAGCGUUUCCCUGAUCAUACACUCCAACCCCAAUAAAUCAAACAAGAUAAGGCACACAGGACACUUCCUAUAAGGGGGAACAAAGAAAUCUACAGGAAGCACUUAAGGGUCUAUGCAAUAUGAAGAAAAUGCUCUCUUUUGUUCAUGAAUUACUUUGACUCCUGUUGACAUUUAUGUGGAUUAAAAAUGCUUCACAGAGUUGUUACAUGUAUAACAUUUAUACCCCUAAAAAGUUAGCUACACAUUUU